CAGUUGACUGCAUCAGUUCCACUUUGACGGCUGUGAGAAAAAUUUCGUAUAUUUAACGCGCGAAAUUUUCUCUAUUUUAGUGAAACAGCAACCUAGAAAACUGGUAGAAAAGUGCAAAAAAAGCUCAAUAAAUACAUAGAAUAGUGGCUAGAGUUGUAAAACGGUAGUGCGUGCACGCUGUUGCUAAAUAAAAACUUAUAAAAGUACACUGAAGUGUGUAGUGUGAAAGAAGUGUUCUUUACGUGCUGCGACCGUGUGUAAAAUUUUGUUUUGAAGACUUAAUUUUGCUGGAUUUCAUUAGCAGCGCUGAAACAGUUUUUUAAUAACUAAUGUUUGGGAAUAUGAAUAAUGGUGGCCAUGCGCCAUACGGAUUCAAUGGGUAUAGACCGAGCGGUGGGCGUAGGUGGGGCAUGUCCCAUUCCCUACCAUCCGGCAUGUCACGUUAUGCGUUUUCACCGCAGGAUACAGAUUUCACCUCGUCGUAUCCAGGUCCACCAAUGAAUCGGCGCGGUUAUAACGAUUUUUCAGGCGGCGGCGGCGGCGGUGGCAGCAUGGGUGGUGGCGGCGGCAGCGCCAUGGGUUCCAUGAACAAUAUGGCGCCCGCCGCCAGCACAAAUUCGCUGAAUUGUGGCAGCGGUGGCGGUGGCGGUGGCGGGGACGGACUAGGUGGCGGCUCGAAUGGCACAAAUCUAAUUGUGAACUAUCUACCACAAGAUAUGACAGAUCGUGAACUCUAUGCUUUAUUUAGGACAAUCGGUCCUAUAAACACUUGCAGAAUAAUGAGAGAUUAUAAGACUGGUUACAGUUUUGGUUACGCUUUUGUUGAUUACGCUUCCGAAACGGAUUCACAACGAGCGAUAAGAAGCUUAAACGGCAUAACAGUGCGCAAUAAGCGUUUAAAGGUUUCAUAUGCUCGUCCUGGCGGUGAAUCGAUUAAGGAUACCAAUUUGUAUGUUACGAAUCUACCACGUACAAUAACCGAUGAUCAAUUGGAUACCAUAUUCGGUAAAUAUGGCAUGAUUGUACAAAAGAAUAUACUAAGAGACAAAUUGACGGGCAAACCACGUGGCGUUGCAUUUGUCAGAUUCAAUAAGCGCGAAGAAGCACAGGAGGCAAUUUCCGCUCUGAACAAUGUCAUACCCGAGGGUGGAUCUCAGCCGCUCACUGUACGCUUAGCCGAGGAGCAUGGCAAAGCGAAAGCGCAGCAAUACAUGUCACAGGUGAAAUUGAUUGGUGGCGGCGGCGGCGGUGGUGGCGGUAUGGGCGGUCCUCCACCACCACUCAUGAAUAUGGGCUACAACAAUAUGGUGCACAGAGACUUCAAUUAUUCCGGCCUUAUUGACGGGCUUUAUCGCAAUAAAUCCUAUCACUAUCCCUAUUUAUAAUUCGUGACAAUGUUGCCGCUGCUGCUGCUGCUUGCAUCGACGAUCAUGGCAUCGUUCUCGGCGACUUGUGCACGCUAUCGCAUCGACUGCACCGUAUGCUGUUGACGAUCACGUACACGACACUUUUCACACACACACACAAACAAACACACGUAUCCUACUCUUCCCUCGAACCAGCUAUCCAACAAUUGUACAGCCCAGAUAUUAAGCGUGCUCUUUCACAACAAUUACACAUAUUUAGGUAAAUAUACUACUAAAACACUAGCUAAUCUAUGCUAAUAAAUAGUUAUGUAAGUAUAUUAUGUAUAUAUACAUAGUUUAAAUGUGUGUAUAUAAACGUGGAAUACGUUUGUAUGCGCUUAAGCGGAAACUCGUACUAAAAGGUGGGCGAAGAAAAAAGGAAAAGUAAAAGAAAUGCAAAUUUUGACUUAAAACGUAAAUAAGUUGAAAUUGUAGUUGGCGUUUGCAAGUUCGUAAAUGAGUGUGGGGGUUAUUCAUGGCAUGGUACUAUUUGUAUAUUUGUAGCAAAUGUUGAACGAUCUCUAUUUAGCUAGUUUUUUGAUGAUUAGUAAAAGAGCUAGAGUGUUAGCCCAAAAAAGUGCAAACCAAAAGUGAAAUAAUGUUAGUGUGAAAAAAGCUGAUUUUAAGCCAAUUAUGAGAAAUUAGUCUAAAAAUCAAACAAAUUUUGCGCGUAUAAUUAAAGAAUAAAAAACAAACCAAAAAAAACAUGUUAUAAG